ACUCAGACGACCUUGCCAAAUAUGUGCUAGUUUUAAGGUUCCCUGACCAUGGGUCAAUAGGACGUCAACAUGUCCGCAACAAAUAUUAACAAUUUAAAUUUCAACUUACUACUUGAUGAGAUUGAAUCGGGUAGCAGUGGUUCGUUAGCAAAUGUUAUUCGCAAGCUACGAGAGAGUGAGUUGGCAGCUUUCAAAGCUCGCAUAGGAGGUCCAACAGGUGAACUACUAGCUAAUUUCAUAGCAUCUCUUGAUCUGCGCGCAUCCGAGCAUAAUGCAGAAAUAGAAAAGACCUGCAGCUAUCACUACCAAAGUUUCGUUGAUUCCACACGUGAAUUACUUGAAAUCCAGCAAAAUGCAGAAAAGCUUGAAAACGAUUUACAAGCACUAAAUGUGGAGCUGGAAGUUACAGUUAAUAAGUUUAGUGAAUCGUGUGACAAAUUAGCCGCCUGUAAACUCACUUUGGAUCAUGUUAAUCAAUGCAUUGAUGCAAUUCAAAUCAGUCUUCCGAUAUUAGAACAAUACUCUCGCAUUGAGCAAAGUAUUGCUGACGGAAGGUACUAUCAUGCCUUGAAAAAUCUUGAAGACCUAGAGCAUUCUCAACUGGAUCUAAUUCGCCCGUUCGCCUUUUCUGAAAUCAUCAUUCAUCGCAUACCGAAAACAAGGACGAGAAUCAAGAAUGCAAGUCUUGAUGAAUUAACUGAUUUUCUUGAAUACAUACGGAAAAAUUCAAUAGUUCUUGGUGCAUUUGCUAUGCGAGAAGCAGCACAAGUAUCUGGAAUAGAUAGUGAAGCACUUUGCGAUACCUUGGCAGUUAAUGGAUACAAAGAAGCACAGGAUGUAAGCAAAAAACCAAAUAACGAAUCACAACAACAAGUGAUGUUGAAAUCGUUAGUUCACAAAGCAUCCGUUAAUACGAAUACAGAUAGUUUAGAUAAUGAAUUAGAAAUGUUAACUCAAAUUGUUACAAAUAAAAAUCAUCCAUGGAUUACCAAUGAUGAUCAUGGUGAACCAGAAAUGACAAUAAAAACUCAAAUAAAUGUUAAUAAUGACGGUAAUUGUUGUAAUCGAACAUAUUCAAAAGUGGAGGAUUUAGUCGAUUUCGGACCAGUGUAUCGAUGUUUGCAUAUUCAUUCUGUAUUGAAUGAACGAGCGGAAUUUGAACGACAUUAUUGUACUCAACGACGAAAACAGUGUCAAUUAAUUUUGAGUUUAUCACCAAAUCAACAAGUCGAAAUGCGUAAUUAUGGUGAAUUUUUCAGUGGAAUUUGUGGAUUUUUUGUAGUUGAUGAUUUUAUUCGUCAUACAUUAUCUGGUUCAUCAGUAUUUUAUCAAACAUAUUUAGAUGAAUUAUGGGUACAUACAGUGAAUCGUUUAAUAGAUUUUGUGCAUGUUAAUGCAAAAUCAUGUGAUUCACCGAAUGAUUUAAUUAAAUUAAAAGAUUAUUUAAUUAUUUUUGAAAGAACUAUGCAAAAUUUAGGCUUCCCAAUAACUGGUCUAACUGAAACAAUUGGUAUUGUUCAGCGGUACUAUCAUAGACUAUUAGCUAGUCAAUGGAAGUCUAAGUUUGAAACAAUAAUUGCUGAAGAUAGCUAUGAAACAAUUAAAAUAUCAAAUUCGGAACAGUUAGCUGAAUUCCUUGAAAUGUAUCCACCAGGCGAUACAGUUGAGUUUUCUGAACUUCCAUUUCCUAAACAGUUGUGCUUUUCAUGGAUGGUACCUAAAAUUUAUCAAACUGUUCGUGAAUACAUUAAUUUGUGUUAUCGGUUUUGUGAAAAUAUGGAUUUAGCAUACACAGAACUAGAGGAUACAAUUAAUCGUGCUACAAAUUUCCUAUUCAGUCAAUGUUUAAAUACAGUUUUAACUUCGGGCGUUCGUUCAUCUUUACGUCAAUUACCUCGACUUACGCAAUUCUGUAUAAAUUUGGAUGAGUUAGAAACAGUUUGUGGGCAUUUGGAUAACUAUCUUCAAUACACCUUGCUAGAUGAGGCUUCAAGUAUAACCAGUGGUCGUCUAAAAGAUUUCGCAAUGAUUAGGGAUAAUCAACGUGAAGAUCCAGAUAUGACUACAUCAGUUACGUUAAACUCUGGAGCUAAUCCACCACGUAGCCGAUUACAAGGUGCAUCACUACUUAAAGAUAUACGUGUAUUGGUUGAAGAUCAAAUUUGUAAUCAUUUAAAGGAUAAUGUUGCGAAAUUCAUUAAUUUAAGUAACUAUGAUGAUACUGAUGAUAAUAAUAGUGGUCAAACUAACAAUAAUACCAAUAAAAAUGAUCAAUUAUUAAAUAAUUCUCAAACUGUUGAUGGACGUAAUGGUGUAAGUUAUAUAACUAAUACAAAAAUUAAACCAACUGAAAAUAUUGUACAUUUAACAUCGUGGUUAAAAUCAGUGUUCGAUUCAUUUUCAAACCUUCCGCCGAAAAUCGCGCAAACUGCUUGUAUAUCAGUCUGUAAACAUAUUGCUCGUUUAUUGUAUGAUGUUUUAUUUGGUUCUCAAGUGCGUUCUCUUUCUGAAACGGGUCUUCAACAAUUAAGUAUUGAUUUAUCUUUGUGUGAAUCAUUUGCACGUUCACAACCUGUUCCAGGCCUAGAUCGUACUACUCUUUGGUUGAUUUUUGCUGAUUUAAGACAGUUAUUGGAUUUAUAUCACAAAGAUGAUUGGACUUCAUACAUUGCAUUUCGUAAAAAUGUUACUGGUUAGUAGUUAUCUUUUUUAUGUGUUCUGUGAAGUUGCUUGAAAUGUACAUACUGUAUUAUUUCGUGCUUACUUAUUUUGUUUCUAAGGUUUGAAUGAGGCAUUACAGAUACAAAUGUUGGUCGAUAAACAAAAGUUAUAAUAGUAGCUUAACCCAGUGUUUUCAUACUGAUCUGUUGUCGACUGAUGUGGUAUUGAAGGUUAAUGAUACUUAAUGGAUUAUAUUACAUGUUCAAGCUCUUAAACACCGAUUUUGAAACUGCGUAGCUACUACAAAAAAACUCCCUUUAAAUUUGUUUCAGAAAAGUAUCUGUGUAUUUAGAUUGCAAAAUGAAUUAACACAGUUUUUUAAAAGGUCUACAACUUAUCAUGAUACUCAUUACAAUAAGAUAGAACCAGGAAAAUCACAACAGUUGGAACGUUUUUGUUCUUGUCUGUUCUUUGAAGAAGCGAGGUGUGCUCUGGAAUCAAAUAAUUGAAUAUAUUAUGCGGUACGAAAAUGAUCAAAAACUUCAUAACUGAAGAUGAAAUGACUGACUAACAUUGUUGACAUAUUCUUUCAUACGUAUUUCGUAAAUAAUUAAAUAUUAUAUAUACGUUAAUAUGAGAUCUAUUGGAAUAUCGCACGUUUUUAGUUAAGAAUUUUUCACUUCAACCAAGAAUAAAAGUGUUGAUUAUGUCAUUCCAAACUUGGUAGCUGGAUAGUACAAUACACUCUGUAAGUUGAAAGACUUCAGCUGAACGUACUCAUGACUUCAAACAGUAGCUAACUGAAGAUGUUAACAAGCAGCAUGAGCAUCAUUUAAUAUCAUUGAAUUUCAGCUCGGUCGCUAAAUGACGUCGUAUUCCAAAGAUCCUGUGCACUUCAUAGAUAUGCUCAAUUUCUUAACCAAUCUCAAACUAUCAUUAAAAGGCUCUUCACUGGCACUUACUUCUUAAUGGUUUCUCAGCCGUUGUCCGUUUAUGAAAAAAAGAUCUAUGUAGCUUUAUUACUUUCUUAAUGUCUUGAGUAGAAAAUAGAUAUGAUUUUACUGCUUUCUCGUUAGUGAUGACCCCGUUAUUAUUCACUGAAUACUGAUAAUGUUCGCUAGUGAUAACCUCAACUUGCAAACUAGUCACUUCUAUCACAAUGUCCAGUCCUAUGUUCAUGAUUUAUCUGCAAGAUACUUUGUAUCAGAUUUUUAAAAAUUAGUAGUAAUAAUCACGCACAUUUUUGUAAUUAAAUUUAUUUCUCAUGUGUCUAUCUUUUCUAAAGCAUGAGAUGCACACCAUCGGUGUAUAAAUAUAGCUUAAGUUUCGAGGGGGUAUAUAUAAUUUCUCAUUUUGGCGGGCCAACCAAAAACGUCCUCACUCAACUAGCCAUCUGGGCUCACGAAUAAGAAGCUUGUUUAUUGACAUCAUACAACCUAACAAUUACCCUUUAUGUAGCAAUUUUGUGUUUAUUCUCCACCACAUACCUUAACGUCCAUUGCCAGUCGACAUAGCACGUUAAAAAUGUGUUUGGUGUAGGCACAUUAGGAUGUGAAUAACAUCAAUCCUAAAAGCCAUUAACUGCCCAAACUUUCUGGUUAGGCCCCACAAAACUGUCAUGAAUUCUCUAACGGUUGGAGACGUUAAAAUUACGUAACCCAAAAUGUUUCACUAUAUGUAACAUUAUUAUUCCUUAAUCUUAUUUUAUCCUUUCUCAAGUUUAGAUUUUCAUUGCAGUCGAUAUAAUCUUUUCUUUGUUUCGCAUCAUUUUAAUUUUCUAUCUCGCUAUGUUGACAUGAAUUGCGGUAACUUGCCUCGAUAUAUAUUUCUACCAGGCCUUAUAUUGAUGAUAAUUGAAAGGCUAUAUAUUUUUCCCCAUGGCUCUUUUACAUAGUGUUUUGUCUCUCACUUAAAAUCGAUUGAUGAUAAACCAUUUUCUUAUUCUAGAUAAAGCUGUCAAAUAAUCUGAAAAUAAGUUUGCUGUAAUUUAAUUUAAUUCAAUGUGAUUGUAUUUACCGACAUGUUACUUACGUAUUUAUUCAUAAGAUCAUUGUAUUUAAAAAAUGACGAGGUUAUUCACAUGAUCAAAAUUCUAGUAAACUAAUGAAAUAAGAUUUAAACAAAUAAAUUCUACAAAAGAAAUACUAUGAUCAACAAGCUGAAAAUAUAACUGUGAAUAUUUAUUAGUUUGAAAUAGUAAUAUGUAAAUGGCAAUUAAGAAAACUACAAGUUUAUUCCAUGGUUUAAAGCAUGGUUCUAACAAAUUGUUACUGUAUCCACAACAUAGAUUUUGAAUUAUGGAUAAUUGAAACUUUCUCAACAUAAUGUAUAGUUUCAGGUAUACAUCUUUUGAUAUGUUUCACUUGAUUCUGUAAAUAAUAAGUCAUAGGCUGGAAUGUCUUAUGUCUAUUAUACAUUGUAGAAUACAUGAUAUUAUUUUGUAUACUCGUUUUUCACUUAAUGAACUGUAUCCCACUUUUCAUAUUCCG